AUGCUGGCGGACGAGGCGGCGAUGCAGGCGGCCGAGGAGGGCCCGAGCGGAGCCAAGAUCUGCAAGCAGCAGCGCAGCCCCUACAGCGCCCUCAAGACCUUCCCCGGCAGCCGGAGACCGGCGCUCGGCAGGCGCUACGAGAGACCCACCAUGGUGGAGAUCCCGCAGGUCAGGGCGGGCGUCGGGCAGCACCAGCAGCAGCAGCAUCUCUUCCAGCAGCAGCAGCCGCCAGCUGUCGCCUCGUCCUCCUCGUCCCUGGGCGAGCACCAGCUGCUUUACCCGGCGCACAGCUCCUACCCGGGCGGCAGAGCCUCGCAGGGCCACCCCCCGCCCCGCACUCCGGCUUCGCAGCUGGGACACCAGUCGGCGCCGGCCGCUUCGUCCUCCUCGGUCAGGUAUGGCCACGGCCACCAGGGGGCAGCAAGCAGCAGCACCGAGGGAGGCGCCGGGCUGGAGCUGAGCGCAGAGAGCCGUAUGAUUCUGGACGCCUUUGCCCAGCAGUGCAGCCGUGUCCUCAGUCUCCUGAACUGUGGUGGGAAGUUCCUGGACAACAGUCGGUCUCAGUCGUUGAUUUCCUGCAUCAAGCAGGAGGGGGCCAGCUUCAGCGAACGACCGGAGCAGUGUCAGCUUGGGAAAAUGGCCCACAGUCAGACCUCAGACAACUUAGACCUAGAGUUGCAGUAUCUCCACAAGAAACAGCAGACCAAUGCGUUUCUGAGGGUCUUCACCGAUUCUCUUCAAAACUAUUUGCUUUCAGGCAGCUUUCCCUCUCAGAACUCUUCCUCAGUGAGUGAUUUUGGCCAUCUGGUGGACGUGGAUCCACUUUCUACCUCUCCGGUGCACACUUUAGGGGGAUGGACGUCUCCAGCAACCUCAGAGUCCCAUGGUCACCCAUCGUCUUCUACUCUUCCAGAGGAAGAGGAGGAGGAGGAGGAAGGCUACUGUCCUCGUUGCCAAGAACUGGAGCAGGAGGUAAUUUCAUUGCAACAAGAGAAUGAGGAACUUCGAAGGAACUUGGAGAGCAUACCAGUGCCCUGCCAGACUGUUUUAGAUUACUUGAAAACUGUUCUUCAACAUCAUAACCAGCUUAUGGUGCCGCAGCCUGUGGACCAACCAACAGAGGGCAGCAAACAGUUGCUGAACAACUAUCCCGUCUACAUCACUAGCAAACAGUGGGAUGAGGCCGUAAACUCCUCCAAGAAAGACGGACGGCGGCUCCUCCGGUACCUCAUCCGAUUUGUCUUCAGCACCGAUGAGCUUAAGUACUCGUGCGGCCUUGGAAAAAGGAAAAGGUCAGUGCAGUCAGGAGAUCCUGGCCCUGAAAGACGUCCUCUGGAUCCCGUUAAAGUAACAUGUCUCAGAGAAUUCAUUAGGAUGCACUGCACUUCCAAUCCUGAUUGGUGGAUGCCUUCUGAAGAACAGAUAAAUAAGGUGUUUAGCGAUGCUGUGGGACACGCUCGCCAAGGGCGGGCGGUGGGGACAUUCCUCCACAAUGGCAACGGCUAUUACGAAGGGAUUGACCAACACAGUUCACAAGAUGACCUCUUCAGCAGAGGCAUCCACAAUGGAUCUAGUGACUGAUGACGGAGGGGACGGGGACGCACGCAAGUGCGUGAGGCAGUGAAAGAGUCCAUGCAUUCAGUGUCCUGUUUUUGGUGUGACUUGAGAAUCCAAAGCAUGUUCAAAGUCGUAUUUAAUUCAGGGCCUUCCUGUGAAAUUCCAUAGUGUAUAUGCAGCCAGCCCUGGUUCCCGUAUAACAGGGUAGAUCUGUAUUCUGUGCUGUAUUAUUUGAGAGUUAAUGAGAGCUUACAUUCAGUGGUGGGAUUCAAAUAAUGUAACAACCUGUUCCAGUGGUGGGAUUCAAAUAAUUUAACAAUUGGUUGUUUACAAGCACCAUUUUAACAACCGGUUCUGCCGAAGUGGUGCGAACUUGCUGAAUCCCACCACUGUUUACAUGGCUAGAUGCUUUUUAAGAACUGGCGUGUUGGGAAACAAACUUGAGCCUUUCUCUCUGAUGUGUAGUUUUCCUGGGGAGAGGGAGGUACAUUCCAUCAUGUGAGCACUUCUCUGGGGUUUGAAGAGGUACAACCCAAACAUCACAUUUGCCUUCUGCUCUGCUGUUUGUGAGAACGCCGCCCGUUUCGUCAUGAGAAUUGUUUUUCAUCUGUCAGAUCUUCAUAUGCCUUCAAAACAAUUGCCAAAUCUGCAAUCCUUUUUCCUUUGCACAAAGAGUACUUUUCACUUUAUAGUGAGUUCAUACGCAAUGUUCGAUUUGAACAAAGGAAGCUGUCCUUUGUACUAGGAACAUGUAGUAAUAUUUCAUUGAAAUGGGAAAGGUAUCAAAAUCAGGGACAGUUCUGACACUAAGUUCUUUGUUUUUCGUUAGUACUGUGUUUGUUUUUGUCAUCUAAAUGACUAGAACUAGCUGCUAUUAAAUGUCGUUCCGGCAGAUAACUGGUUAUAUUCCAAGUUCUCUCUGUUGCUGUAAAUUAUAGGCCUGGUUGGCAACCAAUUUUUUUCAGCCGGCCUGAGUUUCACCUGAGCUAGAGCCUGAGACCAUUGGCUCCCACACUUCACUUGAUGUCAUGGCCAAGAACUUGCCAAUUACCUCUUUCCUAGCAUCAGCAGGAAUACUGUUGUCUACUCUUAACCCCUGUCAGCCACUCACUUUCCUUACCAAGCAAAUGAGAGAAAUGAACACAGAGAUACUCCCCCAAAAUACAGAGCGGGUAAAACCCACAGAAUUUUGCUGCUCAAUGAGAAAAUGUAACAUUAAUUGAGAAACAGUUGUUCAACGUGAGCCUUUUGCAAUGUCAUGUUCGACCAUUCAUGUUAUUGUACACAAAACAAGAAUCGGAAAAUGUGGUACUUCUAUACAAGUAAUAACAGCCGUUGAUUAUUCCUUGAGGUAAUUUUUCAACUCUUUUCUUCUUUUUCACUGUAUGAGGCAGGCCAAGUCUUCCAUGCCAAUUGUGGAUGUCUACACUUCCUGCUCUGGGGGUAGCCACUUCCUGUUUGCACUAUUUUAUUUAUCCCAUCCUAUCUCCAGAGCUCAGGAAGGGCAAAGCAUCCUUUCUGAAAGCUGAAACUGAAAAGUGUAAUGAUAUGACGGUGAUUCUAUUCACUGCCCCACCCCCACCAAAAAACCUGUUGGAGCAAAAAAAAAGGCACCCAUCCAUCAACUAGGUAAAUUCCUUGCUUGUGGAUGCCCCUGCUUAGCCAUCGUAAUGGCUGAAAUAGGUGUAGUACAGGAAAAAAGUCAAUUCAAGACACUGUUAACCCAUAAUUUUGAGCAUGGUGGAUUAGAACUAUUCCCUAGUGCAGUGUUUCAUCUGAUCAUAUGUGGGUUCCAGAAGUAGAGACGGGACGGCAUAAGCAGGUUUAGUUUGUGUAUGGCCACAUCUACCCAUAACUGCCAUGCAGUUGAGAGGUGUGCCAGAAAAAAAUUGCAAUGGCCGCUGGUGAUGAAUGAAAACCAGCCACCGAAGGGAUGCGAGACAAAGGCGGGGGGAGGACAUUCCUAUAAUAAGAGGCUACAACUAGAAGGCCUGAAGACCUGCUCCAGGCACUUUGUUGUGGUGGAAGCAUUUUUAACUUUACAUUAAACCGGGCAUUAUAAGAAACUGGCUGAAACACUGUUGUUAGUACAUGCAAAUACGAUAUACCUCUUUAGUUCCAUAUAUUUUUUUCCCUCGUGUUUAAAUGAAUAAGGACAUGACCAAGCAAUAGUUCAGCAUUUUUGAAAACCGCAGGCUUUGAUGGGACAGUGAAGCAGACGCUCAGUUCUUUGCCAUAAAAGCCAGUGGGACAUAAGAAAAUUUACCUCAGCUGGAUCAUGACCUUUUAAAGAUUGUCUUCGAGUAAAUGCCACCACUACCUUUUCAUGAUAUCUGUGAUAUCCAUUGGCAUUACCACAAGAAGGCCCACUGAAAAUCUAAAUACAAGCAUCCUUCAAAAAAAUUACAGCAUUUAUGUUGUAGCUGUUUGGUGUUGUACUGAAACACGCACACUUUGGAUAUCACAGUGCUGGGGCAGUGCCGGUCUUGCUGGUGUAUGUUUUCUGUGGUGACCCUUGCUGCUGUAUUUGGUAAAAAAUUUGUCAGAUAGAAUGCAUGAGUCCAUGUUCGUCCACAGUAUAAUCUCACAGUGUAUUUUUGUACAGGAAGUGUGAUAUAAAAUGUUUCAGUGUAUGAAGUGAAAAUAUUGUUUCAAUUAUGCACAUGAGAUUCACAACAGACCUCACUAAAGCAAUACCAGUCGGAUUUGUGCCUAGGCAUAUGGGUGAGCCUAGACAUAUUUGAGACAGGAAAGGCAAUUUCGGAUUUCUGUCUUGGCCCCUCUCAGACUUACUGGUAAAGCACGGAAGUCGCUUCGGUAUAGUCUAAUCCCAGAGCAACCUCUGUGAAUAUGUAGCACGUAGGUCAGACAAGAGAGAUGGUUCCUUUCCAUAGCAGGACUACUCCUUUCCAAGGAUAGACGAUUCUGGCAGCAGAAGGGAACACCAUAUGCCCAUAACUCAUGGUUUUCCCCUUUGCUGAUGUGAUUUACCCAGUUUAGAGGGUCUUUCAGGUACACAGGGAGAUAUCACCUGGAAGAAACUGUCACAGCAUCAGAAUCAGACCUAGGGAUCUGUUGUUAUGCUAGCGGCAUGGCAGGAUACUCCAGUGGUCAGAAGAGGAGGAGAUCCAAGAUGUGGCUUUCCCCCACCCCACCCCUAACCUUAAUCUUCCUGGAAAGGAGGAGCGGGGACUCCCCCAACAUCAUGUUUCUUCCACACAGCAUAUCUUUUAUGACAGUGAUAAUGUAGUAGAUUCUUCAACAGGUACUGUUGACUUCAGCCUACCAGAGAAAUUAUAAACAGCAGCCUACAGAAUAAUCCAUACUGGCACGUUACACACAGGGAGGCCAAUAUUUUACUAUCUGGCAGCUGUGCAGCAUUUUAAAGUGCUGAACAAAAGCAAGUCGGACAGUUGGAUGAACAGCACAGAAGUUUACACAGCCAAGUUUCAAGUCCAAGGUUUUGACAUUUUCCCUCAUCAACACAAGUGCCAGGAUUUGAGAUGGGUAGAAACCAAAUUUGAGGCACACACAGGUCCAGGCGUUUUCCAUGAAACACAGCUGCUGACAUGGAAACCUAUCUUUUCUUACUUACUAUUAAACCUGUGCCCAUCCUGGACAGUUUAACUGUUCUAUAGGGGAGUUAACUGCUAUAUCCAAAUUACAAUAGAAAGUAGGCUUAGCACCACGCGCGCACACAUUUAUUGGCUUCAGAACAUGAACUCGCCUUCUGAAUAAGGAGUUAUUUCUCCUCCAUUCAAAAAUCUGCAAGGCCUUAACCGGGCAGUAGUAGCCCUGCUGCCUUGAAGAACUGAGAGACUAACAGUGCCAUUCUUUAAAAAUGUUAACGGAGUUGACAGCAGCGCAAAGUUAACACUGUCCAAAUCCAUUGAUAGAAGAAGAAGAGUUGGAUUUAUAUCCCCCUUUCUCUCCGGUAAGGAGACUCAAAGGGACUUACAAACUCCUUUCC